CAAUACUGCCGUGACUCUCCAGGCCAUAUCAGCUUCCAAUUACCACGACUCGCCUGCCGAUUGCCAUUGUCGACGGGCAGUAGCCAGCUGCUCAACACGGCUGCCGUUUCCUUGCAACAUUGUCGCAACAUUGUCUGCUGUGAAUUCGGAUGGAAUCUCGAUCAAUAAACAAGUCGCGAAUCCCCCCGGCUGGAUUGACGGAGAUGAACUCUGCGAAAACCAACUCUCGAUCAGGACUGAAGCUGCCUGGUUUCGCGACCACAAAUGUGAAACCGUCAUCUAUAGCGAGACCAGCUGCAAGCUCAAAUGCCGAUCCGCGAACAUCAAAGAUGGCCAAUGGCGCGGCGCGACAGCACGGUCGUACGAAUUCGAUGUCCUCAUCGGUUUCAUCGCGACCAACCCAAUCCAGAACCACGGCGGCCUCGUCAUUCUCUCAAACGGUUGGCCCAACCUCCCGAACCUCUACCUCCAGACCCCAAACCUCUAUGUCGAACCGCCGACCCGGGACUUCAUCAAUCUCAAGGCCCAAAACGUCGCUAGAUACUCAUGAGGAGGAAUCACCCAACAGCGUGCUUGGAAAAAGAAAGGCUUGGGAUCACGACUCCAGGAUGCAGGACUUCGAAAAUAUGUUCGGCACUAUCUAUCACAAAAUUCACGAGGCCGGUCAGAGUAGUGAUGUCAUGAAAGAUGCAGUAAACUUAUACAAAACACGAGUCGACGAACUUGAGAAGACGCGUGAUGAGCUGAUGGAUACUAAUUGUGCUUUGCGCAUCGAGUUGGAGUCGAUGAAAAGUAAGCUUUCAACUACUGAGACUGCGCUUAGGAAUGCCGAGAGAGACCAAGAGAUUGCCAUGGAUGAGUCGCAGCAACGAAUGCGUAUCGAGGCCGAAACUAUCAAGCAGGAGAGUCAAAAACAAAUCCACAAUUUACAUUCUCAGCAUCAAAACGAAGUUGAAGAGUUGAAGCGACGGUUCGAAAAGGAGUUUGAAUAUGAGCGUAACCUCCGUCAACGCGAAAUCAGCCAGGUCAAUUCACAAAAUGCCUUAGACUCGCAACGUGUGCAAAUGGAGGUUGCCACCAAAGAGAGAGAGAUUCAAAAACUCGAGCGAGAUCUUCGGUCUGCUUUUGACGAUAUCGAGGUAGAAAAGUCCAAAAACCGCGACCUUCGAAACAACCUCAACACAGCCAGCAGUAACAGUGUUACACUUGAAUCUUCCAUUAGAGCUCUAAAGGCUCGAAUAGAGUUCUUGGAGUCUGGAAGUCAAGAGCAGUCGCAAGCUUUUGAACGCCUUCAACAGCAGCUAGAGAGUGCCCUUGCGGAGACCAAUGAAGCCACGGAGAAAUUGAGAAAGGAAGAAACUCUUCGCCGCAAGCUUCAUAAUCAAGUUCAGGAGCUGAAGGGCAAUAUUCGUGUGUUUUGUCGUGUUCGCCCGCCACUUGACUUCGAGCCACCCUCUGAAGUUGCUCAAAUUGCUUUUCCAGACGAUGCGGAGGAGUCUAAAGAGAUUUCCGUCAUGGGACCUGAGGAAAGAAGUAGUCUUGGGGUCGUCUCUCGAAGGAAUAAUGCAUUUUCGUUCGACCACGUCUUUGGGCCUAGCAGCAUGAAUUCAGAUGUGUUUGAGGAGAUUAGUCAACUUGUUCAAAGUGCUCUGGACGGCUACAAUGUUUGUAUCUUCUGUUACGGACAGACUGGUAGUGGAAAGACUCACACUAUGUCGUCUCAAGAUGGCAUGAUUCCUCGCGCUGUUCAUCAGAUCUAUGAUACCGCAAAGAAUCUAGAAGAUAAAGGAUGGACGUAUACCAUGGAAGGUAACUUUGUCGAAGUGUACAACGAGAACUUGAAUGAUCUUCUCGGAAAAGCGGACGAGUUUGACAAGAAGAAACAUGAAAUCCGACAUGAUAUGCAAAAGUGCAAAACAACCAUUACUGAUGUCAACACGGUUACUCUUGAUUCUCCUGAAAUGGUGGAAACCAUUCUCAAGCGAGCGGCGGCGAACCGGUCUGUGGCAGCUACCAAGGCGAACGAACGCUCAUCACGCUCACAUUCUGUUUUCAUACUCCGUCUGCUUGGACGUAACAGCAUUACCGGUGAGUGUAGUGAGGGCACGUUGAACCUGGUCGAUUUAGCAGGCAGCGAACGACUCAGUCACAGUGGUGCUACUGGUGAUCGUCUGAAGGAGACUCAAAAUAUCAACCGAAGCCUGAGCUGCCUAGGAGAUGUCAUAGGUGCUCUCGGUCAAGGUAAAGACGGUGGCCACAUCCCGUAUCGGAACAGCAAGCUCACAUAUCUAUUGCAAUUUUCACUUGGUGGCAACUCGAAAACAUUAAUGUUUGUCAUGGUCAGCCCUCUGCAAACCCACCUUGGAGAGACUUUGACUAGUCUCAAAUUCGCGACGAAGGUACACAACACUCACAUUGGAACUGCGAGAAGAGUGGCCAAGGUCCAGAAUUGAGCAUUUUCCAACCAAUUUUGUUAAUAAUUAUGAUACCACGAUUACAAGCCAGAGAGUACUGGCUUUAGUUGCAUUGGAGUAUGGCGUUUUCCUGUUGUGAGAAGCUGAUCUAUUUCAGCGUUGUAUAUGUUACUUUCUUUUUUCACCUUCUGUUUUGGAUGUUACCAUAAACGAUGUUGGAUUUAAAAUUCUUGGAACUAAAUUCAGAUUAAAACAAAGUUUUUCUAUGAUUUUUCCUAUGUCCGGAACAAGAAUUCUUUCACUGGCGUGGUGAAGAUUUGGUCUAAUAAACUCAGUACACACGUUACGGGUUUAUAGAUCUGUCAUUUGAUGACCGCAAUUCCAGAUCAUGCCCCACGGAUCCGAAACCUGGAUCACAUAG